UGUACCAAGUUCAAAACAGAUAAUCGUAUAUACAUAUAGUACAUACUAUAAGGCCAAAUGUAUGACCAAAUUGUAUAUAAAACCAUUGUUGAGGGCUCUAAGGUUUAGUAAAAGUUUGUAAAUCAUAACGGCGAAGUGAUGGAGAAUUGUGAAAUAAUUGGAAUGAUAUUGGAGUUCAUUGGAGACGUAUUAUUCGGCUCUGAAAGCAGCGAUGACGAUUACAACUCUUAGUGCGAUAGGAAUCAUUAUAAAAAUGUCCCACAAUAAAAUGCUAAAAUGAAUAUUA